GCGAGGCAGCGCCCGCCUACGGCGCCAUCUUGCCGGCGCCGGGAGGAGAGGAACGGAUUGUAACGGCAGGCAGCGAGUCACCGUGCGGCCCCGCCAUGCCGCACUACCAGGCCUGGGAGGAGUUCACUCGCGCCGCGGAGAAGCUCUACCUCGCCGAUCCCAUGAAGGUGCGAGUUGUUCUCAAAUAUCGACACUGUGAUGGGAACCUCUGUAUCAAAGUAACGGAUGAUGUAGCUUGCUUGCUGUAUAGAACAGACCAGGCACAGGAUGUAAAGAAGAUUGAGAAAUUCCACAGUCAGCUGAUGCGACUGAUGGUGGCUAAGGAAUCCCGCAGUGCUGCCAUGGAAACAGACUGAGCUGCUGAAAAUAAAGGAGCGCUCCGGAUUUCACUGGAAGAAAACAUCUCUUGGAUUUGAACAAACAGUGGGACAGGAGAUGCUUUUACAUACCGAAGUGGACUGUUACAAGUCUAGAGUAUCUUCCUCCCCAGACUCCACUUUGGAAAACUAAGAAAAUUAAUGCUUUCAAUUGAAAGCUUAUAUUUAUUUUUGGGAAUUGAACAAGAAACUAUUCUUACACGCUGAGUACGCUAAGAAGACAAAUCUUUACAAUUCUACAGUACUUGUGUGUGAAUUUGGUGGGCCACAAGCAUAUUUCUGGAAAGUUGUAAUAAAAUUUCAUAUAGGUUUUGUUGUGUUCAUAUGUUAUGCUGAUGUAUUCUCAGUGAGAGGCUUUAUUAACAUAAUACUGUAGUAUGAUUAAUGGACCUAAUAAAUAUUUACAUAAAUAAUAUACUUCAGUGGGGUUUAGAAGAAUGGUUGCUUUCUGAACUGAAAUGUUAAAAUUGCCAACGUAUUAACACUGCACCUAGCAAAAUUUCAGCUUUUAGUAUUGAUUUUGGUCACGCGUAACAUCAGCGAUGCGUUUGUAGAAUACAUGUUAUAUUGGGUAAAUAAUUAAGCUUCUCUGUUUGAAAUGUUAAAGUAACACUUGCUGUAUACAGUUAGCAAUACUCAAGCAGUUUCUUUUCUGGUUAGGCAAAUAUUGAUGAAAAAUACCAGAACAUCUUUUCAGUACUUGAACUAGUGCAUACUAGAAAGGGAGACCUUUCCCAUCCAUGCCUCAGGCAGAGUUGAAGUAUAUCAGCAGGACUAAUUCUAGAAGCUUUUGCCUUUUAUGUUAAUAGAGGAAUGCAACCAACCACUAUCCAGUCAUCAUUUUUAGCUACUUGUGAACUGUGCAUUUUCAAAUGUUACAUGAGGCAUGUGGAUGUCAACCAGCUGAACAGGUAGAUAAAAACCAGCUUAAUAAAUACCACUGUCAAAAACAGACCCAUGCCCACUAGGCUUUGACUUUUUUUCCACAUGCUUACCUCUGGUAGGCUGAUGAAAACUGUCUUUUGCAAAUGCUUUUAUGCUUGACAACCCAGUAGCAAAUUGAUAGUGGACCAUGCAUACUUAAAACUACAUUUUGUUUUUUAUAUAAAUAUGCUACUGGUGUAUUGUAUGCCCAGAUUGUUUUGGCUUUAAAAAAAAAAGAAAAAAGCCAUAGGCAUACAAAGACUCAUCUGUACUAGCAUUUAAAUAUGGCAAAGCAAUUCACUUCAGUAGCUACCUGUUGUCACUGACAUUAAAUAAGCACACUCUACUUAGAAGCAAAAGAAUUCUCACAUUUGCUGAGGUCUCUAACACAAAACACAGGCUCAGCUGCUGCAGUAGAGUACCCAACCAGGUGAUGUGCAACAUUGCAUGCUUUUGGAGAGCCCUUGGGUGCUAAAUUGCCAGUAGCUACUCUGUAGGAGUGACCUACAAGUAAUGGUUUUGGAUUGGCUUUUGAAAUGCAGAUAAGCCCAGAGAGAAGGCUAGACUUCGUCCACAAUUAAGCUAGAAUAAGAUGCUGUGAUCUGAAAAUUUUCCUUGAUGCUCCAAAUUGUCAUCUUAAUAUUGCAAUAUAGUAUGUUAAAUACUCAAGGCAUUUUUUAAUCUAGAAUACUGUUCUGCAAUGUACAGAUGCUGUACAGAAGUCACACAAGUGAAGUUUUACACUGCUAACUUGGCAGGUGCAAAGGCUGCUGCUAUCUCAGUGUGAUUUUUGGCCACUUAUAAAUUGGUUUGGCACGUAGAUGUCUUCUAUGAGCAGAGGGAUAGAAAGAUUUGACUGUGCAUGGAGUGCAUUCGCUUGUGCAUGGAGGAUAAAGGUAAAGAGAGAGAGCUGCCUGUAAACUUUGUGCACCAGGGGGCUGAAAGGAUUGAACUAGAGACCUGAGGAGGUUUUAAAGGGGAGUACUGGUGACUAGCAGAGGGAGGGAUUACAGUGCUAUACUAAAUUGCAGCUGUCAAGAAAAAGAGGCAAGAAAGUUUCUGGUUGUCUAAAUUCAGACAUUAUUGCUGUAAAAUCACGAGGGAAUUAUUAAAGCUGCAUUCUUAAAGGUGGUGUUAUGCUUAUUCUUUGUAUACUUGCUGGAAAAUGAAGAUGGUACUAGCAAUAUUUUUAUUAUAAUUGCAUAAAGCUAUUGCUUUAAAAACAAACAAAAAAGCCUUUAGAAACUCAUUUAGGGAAAAAAGGUGAUGUAUGAUGUAUUUCACGCUUCUUGACUUUGCCCUGCAGCUUUCAGUCACUUCAGUACUCUGUGUUCAUGGGAUGGUAGAAACACUGAACUCAAAGCUCUGCUUUUUACUGCUUAUACUCUUGAUGAGAGUAGUUUGCACUUGCUGCAUAUGUACUGUAGUUACCCGUUCCUAAUAAACUUUGUGAAGGAGUUAGGCCAAA